AUAUGGAUAGAUACUGGUGACGGCUCGACAAGAAGAGGUGGCGCGAUGGAUCCUAACUCCUGGUCAAACUAUAACCAGAACUAUGGAAAACUAGCCCACAACAGAUAUGACAUGCCUCUCCUUGAGCAGCAGGCUCUUAACUCAGGUCUGGGUAGCCUGUCAUCCCCUCUGUCGCCAGCCCACACAGCCCUGCCCACAGCCAGGCCUCUGGCGAGCCUUACACCAAUGCCAUACAGCCACCCACUGCAUAAUAUGUCACAGUUCUUGGACACCGUAAACCCACUGCAAGCCGGCUAUGCCAGCCAGCCACCUUACAAAGGCAUGCAAGUUGGUCAGACAAGUCUUCCGAUGGACUCUUUUCUUGCAUCACGAAUGCAUCAUGAACCAGCGGUAUCAAUGUCUGUGCCAUCUUCAUGCUAUUUACCUCCAUCUUCACUCACCUCGCCAGAAAUUAAGCCCAUUUUCUCAUCAGAGCUACCAACCAGAGAUCUUUCAAACUCCUACCCCAGUAGCUUAUCUAGUCACGCUUCCUCACUGAACAGUGAGAGUGAGGGUAAAGAUUGGGGGCUGUCAAACUUUUUGCCCACUAAUUCGGCUGGGCUCGGCGAUAUUGGCUCUUACAGUCUUGGUCAUUGUGCCAGUUCGAUGUUGCGUCACGUCUCUGACCCACCAAACCACAGUGCCAGAAGAAGCAACAGUCUCCGAGAUUCCUAUUUUUCUGACUUAGCUUACAGUAAUGAUCUGCCAAGAAUGAGUUCAGUGUCACCUGUCCAACCUUACCAUGGCACAAGCACAAGUCCUUUAGCUCAGAAUCAUUCCGCCCAUGUGGCACACAUGUCACUUGAGAAUCAGAGAGUAGAUAUGAGAAGAUUACAGGAAGCAGAGGACUUGUCUUGUCUGACACGUGCUCAGCAUGGACCUAGUGAUGUGUCACCUGCACACCAGUCUCAGAUGAAAACCACCAGGUCUCAAGAUCCAUAUACGGGGAAGGUGUAUGAGGAAGCCUAUCUGGCUAAGGUUAUUGCCUCCGAACACCCUAAAUCUUGUCACAGCCCAGCUAGCAGAGAGCCCUCAAAUCCCAACCUGAAAUCUCCUCCUCAUGCUUUUGCAGACUUGUAUAAGCGUUCCCCUUCGCCCGAAAAGCACAAACCUUCUGGGAACUUAAAUUUGUAUGGCCACUAUGGUGAGGAUCUCUCUGGUAAGUGCCAUGGCACAAGUAGCAUCAGGACGACACCCUCCAGCAUGGCAGACGUGAACUAUGACCCCGUCAGUCCUGUCCCUCCAGUUACCAAGAACCAGUACAAUGAUAACUUCAGUACCAUAUCUCUUCAAGAUCUGGACUCCAUAGGCUCACAUUCUGAUAAUUUAUGCAAACAACAGACUCAGAUGCUGGAUAGCCUUUCACAAGAGAAGGGAAAGAAGAAAAAACCCAAGGAACAGUCUAAGAAAAGGCGAUCAAAGAGCAAAGGAUCGAUUCCUUCAAAUAACAGUGAUCAUGUGCAACUGUCCUCAAGAGAAGUGCCACAAAAUCAAGAGAGUCUCCAUCAACCAUCAUCAAUACCUCAGAAUUAUGUCACACAACAAUGUUCACCAGUACAUACAAAUUUUCAUUCGCAACACCACUCCCCACAUGUACAACCUCAAUCUCCACAAGUUCAAGGACAACUACGUGGUCAGGAUACAUUGUUUCAAAUGAAACGUGAAAAUCAACACUUCCAACAUACCACGACAUCACCACAAUCACAGCUCCAAAACCAAAAUUUCCAACAGACCUCACCCCAAGCGCAACACCAGAAUCAACAUUUUCAACAGACUUCACCACAAAAGCAUCAUCAGAGUCAACAUUUUCAACAGACCUCACCACAAAUGCAACACCAUAGUCAACAUUUCCAACAGACCUCACCACAAAUGCAACACCAGGGUCAACAAGUACAACAGAUGUCCCCACAAACGCAACAUCAAAACCAGUAUUUACAAAAAUCUUCACCACAAACACAACAUCAAGGCCAACAUGCGCAACAAACACCACCGCAAGUGCAACACCAAAACCAAUACUUACAACAGACCUCACCAAAAACACAGCAUCAGAAUCAACACUCACAGCAGAUAUCCCCACAAGCACCACACCAAAAUCAACACUUUCAACAGGCAUCGCCACAAGUGCAACAUAAAAACCAAUAUUUUCAACAGACACCAUCACAUUUGCAAGAGACAUUACCACACAUGCACCUUUCAAAUCAGAUUAAACAGGAGAUCUUAUCACCUGUGCGACAUCAGAACCAAAUUAAGCAGGAACAUUUUCACUACAGCCAACACCAAAACCAAUUCUUGGGACAGCCCUCAUCACAACAGACUUCACCUGAUACACCACACCAAAAUCAGCCCUUCCUGUCUUCAGAUAUUCGAUAUACCCAGAAUACCCAGAUACCUGAUGCUCAAGUUAACAAUGGAAAUGCGCAGCAUGAGUCUCUGCAUGAACAGUGGCAACAUACAAAGUACAAACAACACUCCCCGUAUAAACAACGAGAGUCCAGAUUUGAGCAACAGGAGACUCAAUAUGAGCAUCAGGAGUCCUACAUACAACACCAGUCUCAUGGUCAAGCCGGCCAUCAGUCUCAUCUAAUGCAGCAACAUGGUGAUACUGUGAAACAGGAAGUUACUCAGCAUCAUGGGUCUAUGUACUCUCAUGAAUCUGACAGUUCUCCGCUGACAUUUCCUCCGUACUGCCAGGUUAAUAACAGCCCGUUCCCGCCAGCACUAGGUUCCUCCCCCCCAGAGGGCUCUGCUCCCGACUCUUGUCACUCCACGGUGAUCCAUUCGGCACCUCCCACCAUACAGGCUGUGGCAGACUCCACCACUGUGACCAAACCGAGAAAGAGCAAAGGUAGAAAAAAGAAGCAGCAAGCACCAGUGGAGGCCAGUGAGAAUAAACAAAUCUCAAACACGCUACAGGAUAACAGACUAGCUCUUGAGGCUGCUUGCCACCCGUCCAAAUCACACGAGGGACAAACACAUCCCUGGCUAGAGCCCGCCAAAUCCCACAUGGCAGAUAUAAAGCAGGAGCUCAUGGCUCAAGAUUUACACACGACUAGUGGACUGAAUGAACCAAUCACAACAUCAGUAAUUUCCAUUAAGAAAGAAACAAAUGUCGAAAAACUGUGUGAGAACAAACAGUUCAGCAGAGAGUUAUUUGAAAGCAAACCAGUGCUAGAGCCACCAAGCUUGGGCUUAAAGUGUGAAGAUACACUGAAUCAGGAUAGGCAGAAUGGCAAUGACUUGGGGAUGACUUUUUCAGAUAGUGGUGAUUUGAGUUACAAAGACACAGAAAUGGUGACCAGUGGUUGUGAUAUGAGAGAUGGUGCAAUAAAUCAGGAAGCAGACUGUAAUUUGAGUAGGCAUCAGGCACAGAAGGCUGAGGUGAAAAAAGAGCCAGAGAAAAUCCCAGCAGUUGUCACUAGCGACCUAGAAUUUGAUGAGGACUUUCAGCAUCUUGCUCCUAGUCCAGUGAACACUGCCAAAAUUCAAAAUCUAAGUCAUAAUCGACCAAAAUUUUCAAGCUCGGGUUCUCAAGCAUUCUUGGGCUCUUUUGUUAACUUUCUGAGCGGAAAGAAAGGCGAGACCCUGUCUAGUGUAACCCAGUCCCCUGUGAAGCGUCCUCCCAUGCCUAAGUACAUCCCAGAGCCGAGAAGAGUGAAAACAGAACCUACAGUAAAUUUAUCUGAGGAGGAAAUCCAGAAAAACCCUUCUAAAGCUUCAACUUCACAAAAAGAAAAUUCCACAAGUGUGUGGAAACAUCUAAGUGAAGGUCGUAAAGGUAAGCAAAAAGCAAAAGAAGUAGAGCAAGCUUCUUCACGAAAAGGCAAGAAAUCGAAACUUUCUACUGGUGUUCCCCCUGCAGGUGGCUCAGAAGGAGACGAAUCCAGUGCACGCAUGCUGGACUCCGAUGUCCCAGAACAGACAGUACCUCUGAGAAGACAGUCGUCAAGACAGGCAUUGGAGAGACUCAGCAGCAGCAAACGGUUCUAUGCUGAGGAUGAGAGUGAAGAGGAGACAAAGAAUGAGGAGGAGCAGGAGGAUUUGGAGGAGGCCACCUACACUACAGAGGAGGAGGUUGACUAUGACUCUGACAAAGACCCUGUCUGGACACCAUUUGCUGCUGAAAAGAAACAGACCUCGGUGGUAUUGCCCUUCAGGAAACGGCGGAUCACAGGGCCUACCAUGGCCAAGAACAAAGCAAAAAGCUUUGGGCAAGCCCCAAAGGUGAAGAAGGUAAAGAAAGCUGUUAAGCCAGUCCGUCCACCCUCAGACUCUGACCAGGAUAGUGAUAGUCAGGAGGAUGAUGGGGAAGAGGAGAUUGAGCAGAGCCCCAGCCCUGAACCCCAGCGGUCCCCCUCCCCACCCUGUACAGCCACAGACACGGCCACAGUCACAGCUACAGACACAGUCACACCGACAACAGUUAAUGCUGUCACACCUGUCAAACCUAAGACACCCCCAAAAGAAUAUCAGCGUGGCACAUUUCUCAUAGAAAAAAGGGAUUUGACAAACUAUGAGAACUUCCCAGUUUGGCGAGUCAGUGAUGGAAAAAUGCUACAGAAGUAUGAGCUAAUAGUAGAGAAGGGGGAGGUGAAACAUAAGUCAACAUUUACGUAUUCGAGCUGGACUCCGUGGAUGCAUGACCAGUUUCAGCCCGUGAAAGUGAACAUGAUUUUACGAGACAAGCGGCAUGAGAUUGUGAAGGUGGAUGAAAACGACCGGCCCAAACCUCCCACAGAUGGAAGUUUGGAGAGACGCUAUGAGGAUGAUCCUAUGGUUGAAAGUUUUAAUGUGUUUUUACAAAUCUUACUGAGUCAGGCACUAGAACCUGGCUUUCUCAAGGCCAUACAUGUCUCAGAAGAUGAUUUUUAUUUAGGACAUAUGAAUAAAGUCGAUCAAAUGAUUCAAGCCAGAAUAUCCAAAAUUCAGAAGAAAGUCAAAUGGAACAAGAGUUUUAAGGAGGCUGUAAAGAACAGACCUCAUGUCCGUGAAUUAGACCGCCCUAACCUCAAGCAGAAUUGUCAGGCAUGUAGAGACAUUCAUCAGUCAGCCAUCAAGUCUGUGCAUCUGUUUGGAGACCCGUAUGAUAGUGAGGAUUUGUCUGAACAACCAAAUACUACCACAUCCUCUUCGGAGGAAUUCUUGAUUGGGAAGACGGCCACGACAUACUUGAUGACAUAUCAUAGUCUUGUGCAUUACAAAUAUAACUUAUACAAAAGAUGUGUGGCUAAGGUGAACCUGGUGAAAGAGAGUGAAGAGACAGAAGACAAUGCUAGUGUACUGGAUGCCUGUUUACACAACCGUGCCUGGGUGCUAAAGCUGUUUGAAGACCUGAAAAAACUGUUGGAGAAGCCAUAGCAGCAACACCAAAAAUUAAGUGAUGAACGCAAUCCAGUGUAAAAGUUUUGGCCAAAGAGAAAAUGGUUGUUUGGCAAAGAGGAGUGGGAAUUUGGCGGGUGUGGUGUAAUAUUUUAAUGCUGGCCUAAAAGGGAAGAAGCAAUCACGUUUUAGAAAACUUGACAUUUUUGGACUUGAAUCCAAUCUCUUGAGAACUGUUGUACUUUAUCCAAAGCAUGUGUUUUCGUCAUUUUCAUGUUCUGUUCUUCAUGAACUUAAGAAAGAGAUUUUUGAUUUUGUUUUGUACUUCUCUGUUAACAGCAUGUACUGCUGGUGUUUGUUGGUUAGAUCACACUGUUGUUUUAUUCUUUUAUAAUAAGAAGAAAGAAAAUUUAUGCCUAUUUAGAAGUCACUGUGUCAACUGUUCCUAAUCAGUUCCUAAUUUGGGUUUUUGGGGGAGGAUGUUUUUUCAACAUAUUUUUUUAAUUUUUUUUAUUGCAAUAUUUUGAGGUCCAAGGCUGCAUUAGUCUGUUUUGUGCUCUCCCAUUGUUUUGUAGUCUCCUUUUGAGCUCUACCAUUUUUAUGAAGUUACAAACACAAUCUGUUUCAUGUUCUAAUGAAAAUGUCUCUUACUGUUCAAAUCAGUACUCUUCUAAAGGAAAAUUUAUAGGAAAUUAUAACCUAAAACAUGUGAUAAUUGUUCAUUAAAUAAUUGAUUUACAUGAAAUUCUCACUCUUGUUGAAUUCUUGUACUUUAGUGUACUUUAGUGCAUUGCGUACCCAUAGUUGCAUAUUAUUUGGGAGUAUAUGGAAAAUAUGGAAAAUUUUGUUCAUUUAAUAAGUUGAAAGAUGUAUACUUAUGGCAAAAUUCAGUGCUGAUAAUAAUGUCCGCUGGAUGAAAUUUUCUUAAACCAUUAUGAUCAGAAUAUAUGUAGAUGUUAUGAAGUCUGCUGUCCUUCAUUGUUGUCAGCAGCUUAGAUACAUUAUGAAAUGUGGUUAAACAGGAUGUCACUUGUACUGUUUUAUCAAGUUUAUCAAGCCUAUUAUUUGUAGUCUGAUAGAGAUGCACAUAAAGCAGGUGUAUGGGAACACGUGAUUGUAAACAAGUCAUGAUGACAGGGACAGGUCAUUCAACUGCAGUCAUUUUCUGUUGGGCAUUUUUGUCCAACUCAUUAAGUGUGAUCUUUAAGACGUUAGUGAUCCUAUAUAUUUUCAUGUAUUAAGAAAUAUGCAUGAUCUGAUCUCAAGGCAUAUCUGAGAGUGUUGAUUUGAUGGUAAAUAAAUAAUGUUACUGUUAUAAUCAAAAGUCUGAAUGUUGUGCAUGUAUGAAUGUUAUUGACUUCUUACCACUGAUUACAGAUUUCAACCUCAAUCAAAAAUAGAAAAUUGAUUAUAAUCUGUAUUGGCUAAGUUUAAAUGUAUCUAAUUUUGACGGAACAUUUUUAGUAUUACAUAUAUUAGUGAAGGCCUGUGAGUUAAAAGCUGCUAUAAUUAAAGCAUAAUAUUUUGGCUUUGUGUUUAUAAGGCUAUGUUCAGUUAAGAAAUCUGCCAUGAUGACUUAAAACAAGAUUUAAAAUUUUAUGGAGGCUGCAAGACUAUGCUUGAUUAGACAAUGAAAGUACAUGUGUACUUUUCUAAUUUUGUUGAUGAUCAGAGUUGUUUCAGAAUGACGCUGCACAUUUGAGGUCUUUCACAUGAGUGUAAUUGGAAUAAUCAGGCACGUAGAGUAUUGUCCGUUUGAGGUGAUGUUGACUUUUUUUGUACGUCUUGGAUUUACCAUCCAUGGAAAUGAAUGUGAGAAGUUGUAUAUAAAAUAAUGAAAACUAA